UAUCCGUGCACGCAGCAUGACGGUGCCAAAGUUAAACUCAAGUUCACGUGGGACGCACCUUCUCAGACGGAUGUGCAUAAUUAUUUACUAGUAUUAUUCUCCAGUUUCAUCUCCGUGUCAGUCAUCGUUUAUGGAAAAUUACGGAACUGGAACUAAAUUUUUGAAAAUGCUUAAUCACUGAAGAUCAAUAUCAUUUCUUCUCACCCAUAAACAAAAGGGCCAGCAUUAAGAUAAAACUGAACAGAAGACAGAGGAAUUAAGGACAAAUAUAGAGUCUGAAGAGUGAAACAGAAUGGGAUGUGGGAUCACUAAAUCUAAUGCACAAGAGCUGAAGAAAUGCCAGAGAGGAAGCCUCGGCGUCCCAGCCGCUACAGCAAUAGGAGCCGCUCUGCUUAUCCAGCGAUGGUACCGCCAAUAUGUGGCCCGUAUGGAGAUGAGACAGAGAUGUACAUGGAACAUUUUCCAGUCUAUAGAAUACGCAGGGGAGCUAGACCAGAUCAAGCUAUACAACUUCUUUGGUUACCUCAUGGAUCACUUUACACCAGCUAGCAGUGAAAGAAACUUGAUCUCCCACAUCUUCAGGGAAAAUGAAAUGUGUCAUGACACAGAAUUGGAGAUAUACUUUUGCUAUAAGAACAUGGAAGUAUCUAAGCUGUACUCUGGACCCCACCUCAGCUUCCCGCUCACUGUCACUGGUGCAGCUGAGUUAGUUGAAGCAUUCAGGAACAAACAGCAUCUCCAUACACGAUACGUUCUUCAGCUUCUUCUGGAAACUUGGAAACUACUAAGAUUAUUGCCAAAUAUAAAUUAUGUCUCCACCUGCCAAAGCAAGGAAAUCACCGUCUGUGGCGACUUACAUGGGCAUCUGGAGGACCUGCUGCUCAUUUUUUAUAAGAAUGGCUUCCCAUCGUUGGAGAAGCCUUAUGUUUUUAAUGGUGACUUUGUGGACCGUGGCAAGCACUCCAUUGAGGUUCUUCUUAUCAUUUUUGCAUUCAUGCUGGUGUAUCCAAAUAAUGUACAUCUCAACAGAGGAAAUCAUGAGGACCACAUUGUGAAUCUGAGGUAUGGCUUCACCAAGGAAGUGUUGGGAAAAUAUAUGCUCCAUGGCAAGAAGAUACUGAAACUGCUUCAGAAGAUCUUCAGCUGGUUACCGCUAGCAACUGUGGUUGAUCAAAAAGUCUUGAUUGUGCAUGGAGGGAUCUCUGAUACCACUGACCUCAGUCUUAUUGCCAAACUGGACCGACAGAAAUAUGUCUCAAUGUUCAGACCUCCCGAGAAGAAUCCGCCCUCUAGUGGAAACCUGUUUUUGGACAUCAAGCCCCACGCCAGGAUGGGCACUAGCUUGAAGAGUCACUGCACCCUGACCUACAGUGCUCCAGUCAGCUCCCAUCAGAACCUCCGUUGCAGCUCUCCGCAGGAUCCCUCCAGUGAAGUAAAUCACUUAGUGGAGGAUAAGCUGAAGGAACAAAGUUGUACAGCUGGACUAAACCCAUCCUGUAAGGACAUCCACAAUACACUUUCUUCUGACUCCAAGACUUCUGGGACAGAUAAUGACAAUGACAAUGAAUGGAAACAGAUUGAUGACGUGCUGUGGAGUGAUCCAAUGUCCCAAACUGGCUGCAUUCCCAACAAGAUUCGAGGAGGUGGAUGUUACUGGGGUCCAGAUGUAACAGAGAAGGUCCUGAGCAGACAUAAUUUGCAGCUCCUUAUCCGGUCCCAUGAGUGCAAGCAGGAGGGUUAUGCGUUUUGCCACAAUCGCAAGGUCCUGACCAUUUUUUCCGCAUCAAACUAUUAUGAAGUGGGCAGUAACAGAGGAGUCUACCUCAGACUAGGUCCGGAUUUGGUACCGCAUUUCAAUCAAUACCAGGCAAACCGUGCAACCCGAGAGCUUACCCUCAGACAAAGUGUGAGCCACAUGGAGCGCUCAGCCCUAAGAGCCCUGAGGGAGCUGCUCUUUGCCCACAAGUCAGACCUCAUUAGAGCCUUCCAAGAAUACGACAGUGGCAACACAGGUAUUUGA